GCGUUUUAAAUACUUGGAAAUGAUAUUUUGCUGAAAACGACAAUAGACUAUGAGAAGCAAGUUCUUUCUCUGCAUCAAAAUCUCUGAUAAAGCUCUCUCUCAGUGUCCUCUCUAGCUAGCUCUCUCUCUCACUCCGCGGAGUCUCCGAAGUUUCUCUGAUAGAGACGGUUAUAAAACAAAAGGAUAAAUAAUGCAGUCGUCAACGUAUGCAGCAGCAGUUAAAGGAAACGCCGCGUUUGCGUUUCAGAGACGUAGCAGCUUCUCUAACCUCGUCGUCAGCAGAUCGGUGGCUGCUACCGGAAUUCGAUUCUCCACCGGCUCUUCUACCUCGAAAGCCAUCAUGGGAGCUAAACUUGUUCGCGCUGAAAUCGGGAUCCACAGUCUCUCCUCCUCGGUCAAAGCUCGAUCGGUCAGAGCUCAAGCCUCCUCUGGUGGCGGAGAUGAGGAAGAAGCUAUACCUUUGAGAUCUCAACAAGGGAAUAGCUCCGGGACUGUUUUACCCUUUGUUGGUGUUGCUUGUCUUGGUGCUAUCUUGUUUGGUUAUCAUCUCGGGGUUGUUAACGGUGCUCUUGAGUACCUUGCUAAGGAUCUUGGUAUCGCUGAUAAUGCUGUUUUGCAAGGGUGGAUUGUUAGCGCGUUGCUUGCUGGUGCAACGGUCGGUUCUUUCACCGGUGGUGCAUUAGCUGACAAAUUCGGACGAACUAGAACGUUUCAAUUGGAUGCUAUCCCACUUGCUAUUGGAGCUUUUUUAUGCGCAACAGCGCAGAGUGUGCAGACGAUGAUUGUGGGACGUCUCCUCGCAGGAAUUGGAAUUGGAAUCUCAUCAGCCAUUGUACCACUUUACAUAUCAGAGAUAUCACCAACUGAAAUCCGUGGAGCACUCGGAUCUGUGAACCAGUUGUUCAUUUGUAUCGGAAUACUUGCUGCCUUGAUAGCUGGUUUACCCCUUGCAGCAAACCCUCUUUGGUGGAGGACGAUGUUUGGUGUUGCGGUUAUCCCUUCCGUUUUAUUAGCCAUAGGAAUGGCUUUUUCUCCAGAAAGCCCAAGGUGGCUCGUUCAGCAAGGAAAACUUACUCAAGCCGAAAAGGCUAUCAAAACUCUUUAUGGUAAAGAAAAAGUGGUUGAAUUAGUUCGUGACUUGUCAACCUCUGGCCAAGGUACUUCUGAGCCAGAAGCAGGAUGGUUUGAUCUAUUCAGCAGCCGCUACUGGAAAGUUGUAAGCGUAGGUGCGGCGCUCUUCUUGUUUCAACAGUUAGCUGGAAUAAAUGCAGUUGUGUACUACUCUACAUCUGUGUUCCGCAGCGCCGGAAUCCAAUCUGAUGUUGCAGCCAGUGCUCUUGUUGGAGCAUCAAACGUGUUUGGAACUGCUGUUGCUUCGUCCUUGAUGGACAAAAUGGGAAGGAAAAGUCUUCUACUUACUAGCUUUGGUGGAAUGGCGUUGUCGAUGCUGUUGCUCUCUUUGUCCUUCACAUGGAAAGCUCUAGCUGCAUAUUCAGGCACUCUCGCUGUUGUUGGAACUGUUCUAUAUGUCCUGUCAUUCUCACUUGGUGCUGGCCCAGUACCAGCUCUUCUUCUUCCAGAGAUAUUCGCAUCCCGGAUUAGAGCAAAAGCCGUCGCUCUUUCUCUCGGCAUGCACUGGAUCUCGAACUUUGUGAUUGGACUCUACUUCCUGAGCGUUGUGACUAAAUUCGGAAUCAGCAGUGUGUACUUGGGUUUCGCGGGAGUGUGUGUCCUUGCAGUCAUGUACAUUGCAGGAAACGUGGUGGAGACUAAAGGACGAUCACUCGAGGAAAUAGAGCUUGCUCUUACCUCCGGUGCUUGAAAUUAAACAGAAAGAACAAUCCCACUUUGUUUCAUCACUGAUCUUGUUAGUCUUUCGUACUUCUCUUAUUACUCUUUAAUAACUUGUAUAAUGGACUAAGUGUAAUCAAUCAAUAACGAGAAAUCGAUUCUAUCACUA